AUGACAAUAAAAGCCAGAAGCUUUUUGCUCGACCCAACGCAGGCCGCCAUCGUCAAGAAUGGCUACUGGGUCCGUCGUUCCCCAAUGGACUGCAAAGAGGUGAAACCCGUCUCUGGUAGCAAGGGCGGAUUCCGUGACCUCCAACACGAUAACAACACCAACCACGGUUUGUACACCCGAUGGCAGAAGACAGGGCGUGGAACAUACUGGAGAAUGUACUAUCCUUGGUCAGAGGUAUCUGGCUUCCAGAGCGUCAUUCCUGGAGAAAGAGAAGAGAUAUUCGCAGGAUCCGAGUUAUCCCCCAAUCGAUGGUUUGGGGUUGAUAGAUGGGGCAGAACAGAACUGGGAACACUGAGCAACCAAAAACGCGAGACACUUUACAAGAAUAAAUCUCCCAAGGUCCAACCAUUGAAGCCAAGUUCUUGCAACAAAUCCGUUUUCGAGGAGAGAAAAGUAAAGAGCGGUUCAAGAUCACGCGCGACUGAAAAACCAAAACUUUGCCAGCAGAGGACGCCGACACCAUUGAUGGCUAACAAGCACAAGCAACUUCAGGGACGGGUAGCCGGCUGCCGCCGCAUCAAUCCUGGGUUUUCUGAAUUCCACCACUCUGAGCAGAGCUUGGACGGAACCACCGACUUCUGCGAUCCAGCGCUUCUCGGAAAGUCCCUAUAA